AAGGAAUUUAAAACUCAAUUUAAUAUCUGUUGCUGUUGAUUCCCCAAAUUUAAAGAGCUUUGGAAAAAAAUAUUCAGAUGCUAUGGCUCUGCAAAUAGCUAUGAUUUCAUUGAGGUUGAUUUUAACAGUUAGGAAAUAGUGUUUUUUUCUACUACUUGAUGGACGGAGGGUCUAUAUGAAUGUUAAUUUGUGGUUUCCUCUUCCUGUCCACGGCAGCUCCAUUCAGCUCAGCUGUUUUGAACUGCUCUCAGCCAACUCCAGCCUCACUGCUCAGGUCCCUUGAGCCGGUGUUUGAACUGAAAUCUCUUCGACCUGUGAUAAAUAUCUCAGUCCCGACCCGAGUUGGAAUUGAAUUUACCCUCUUUGGCAUUUUGGGAGUGGAUGAGAAGAGCCAGGUUCUGACAACUUUCAUAUGGGAAACUCUAGAAUGGAAAAAUGAAUUUACGUCGUGGGACCCAGUGGAGUGUGGUCUUGAAUGGAUUGCAAUUGCAAGAGACUUGCUCUGGGUACCAGAUAUCGUCAUCAACGAGUUCAUGGAGAAGAACUCAGCUCCAGAAGUCCCAUACACCUACCUGCGCUAUGAUGGUCUCGUAUACGAUGCAAAGCCCGUCCGAGUCGUUAGCUCCUGCAGUCUCAACAUCUAUCUGUUUCCCUUUGAUGUUCAAAACUGCACUUUCACCUUCAACUCCUACAUACACCGCAGCAGUGCUAUACAACUGGAACUUCUAGGCACAUAUGAGCAAAUCUUUCAGGCGUCCAAAGAAGAAAUGGCAACACAGGGGGAAUGGCAGCUCGUGGGAAUAACAUCAGAAAGAGUAGUAAUACCAACCUUGGAGGGGUACAGUUAUGACGAGCUUCGCUUCUUUGUUGCUGUGAAGCGCCACUCUACCAUGUAUGUGGUGAACCUUCUGAUCCCCAGCUGUUUCCUCAUUACUGUGGAUCUCUUCAGCUUCAUGUUGCCUGUUCAAAACGUUGACCGGUCCUUGUUCAAGAUGACUCUGGUCCUGGGCUACACUGUCUUCCUACUCAGCACCAAUGACCUGCUUCCUAUCACUGGAAACACCAUACCUCUUAUCAAUGUGUUUCUGUCUCUCUGCCUGACCCUGAUGGUUACCAGUCUCAUGGAGACCAUCUUCAUCACCAAUCUUCAGCGGGGCUCGGCUCACUACACUCCACCUCCUCGCUGGAUCAAGGGGUUUAUUCUUAACUUCCUGGGACGUCUUGCGGGGAUUCCACCCAAGCCUGAACCUGAAAAAGAUCUGGUGAUAAAGAAUCCUGAUAUACAAGAAAAUUUCUCUCCAGUAUCAAAAGAGAAUGAAACCAUUGAGAGAAAGGGGACGCAAAAGGAGCAUGAGACCCUGCAGGUUCUGAAGAACCUGAGCAGGGAUCUCCAGGCCAUCCACCAUCAUGUGAUUCUACAGCUGAAGGGAAGUCCGAGCUCAGAGGAGUGGAUCCAGAUUGGCCUGGUCAUCGACCGUCUGCUCUUCAUCUUCUACAUCUUCUUCAUCACAGUCAGCUUUAUUUCUAUCAUCAUUAUCUGGGUCACCUCAUAUAACUCAGUAUAACUUUGACUUUAAAUUGCAGCAAAUUUAUGAAAUAUAUCAUUUUCUUUAACGCCUUUGGUGUUUUUUGCUUCAGAAGUUAAUAAACUUUUUUUAGAGCAAACAAACUCAUUUAGUUGCACAACCCAUCAACCAGCCUCUCCUUCUCCAGACUUUAAAUGCUUUAUAUUUUUGGUCGAUCGUUUCACCUAUGCUAGUUUUUAAAGUAUUGUUGUUAUUGAGACAGUUAAAAUGUGUAAAUCUGAAAUAAAUACAAUAAAUAAUUCCAAAAUGUUUGUGUUAUGGUUUACUUUAUUCCUAAACAUGUCAAUAAACUCCACAUUGUUGAUUGUCUAAAACAUAAUUGUUAGGGAUGUCAUGAACAGCCUGGAUCUCAGACUAGAGGUGUAAAUUUAUUCAAUUCGAUUCAAUUCCGUUUAUUUAUAUUAGUGUUGCGCAGGUGCCAAUUUUUGGCCCCAAUACCCGAUACCUGGCUGUGCAGUAUUGGCCGAUACAAUACAAUCUGUUUGAAAUUGAUAUGUGUGGACAUCUUGGCUAUUCUGGAGAAACUGUGGAAAGGUGGGGGAUUUUACUCAUAUAUUUUGGGAUUGACCAAAAGUGGUUAAGUUUUGGAAAAAUGUGCAAACAGAUAUAAAAAAAUAUUUUAGGCAUUUAUUUAGAUCUGGAUAUAUCUGUAUAUAUUUUAGGAAUAAUUCCCAUGGACUUGACCAAUAAAGACAAUAAAUACUUGAUUAGGGUCAUGCUCCUGAUCGCGAAGAACUGUAUAACAUCUGCAUGGUUAAGGCCACAACCUCCGAGUAUCACAGAGUGGAGAGAUAGAAUCAGAAAAGUCUACAUCAUGGAAAAAACAACAUCAAGACUACAAUUCAAGCUGGAGACCUUUGAAACUAAGUGGAAACCUAUAGCUAAAUUCAUAUUGGGACCUUGACACCUCUUUGGUCCUUUUUUGAGAUUGUGUUUUGACUUUAUCUUGUAUUGUGUGCUUUUAUUACUUUAAUCUGUUUUCCCAGUGUGCCUACUGUUGUACAUUUCACCUUAAUCAUAGUGACUUAUACAUCCAUGAAUGUUAUUAAUGAAUAUGGGUUUCUCUUAAUUGGGCUAGUGUUUAUUUGAAGGAAAUGCACCUUUAUUUGUUGUUCUUGGAGGUUCUUUUUGUUAUUUUCUCCUUCAAUAGCACCUGGAUAACUGUUAACGGAGCUGGAAUAGACAGCCUGUAUGUCUGAUGUAAAUGAAAGGUCUAAAAUGAUCUAUAAGAAGAUAUUAAGAUGUGAAU